AUCUGUAAGAAGAUAGAACUCGUGAGAGAUAACGCGAGAGAUAUAAGGAUUCGAUCUGGACGAUGCAAGGCAGGGAGGAACACAAGGUCGUGGAGGAACCGACUGUCUUUGAAUGGCACUAUACAGCCCCGUGUAAAGAGCCAGAAGAGCUCUGUGGCAUUCUCCUGGAUCGGGUGGCCAUCCAGCUGGCCAAGACAGCACAACUUCACUCUUUCACGAAUCUGCGGUGCUUCAGUGAAAUUCUUGCCUCCUCACUUCCAAUCGAUAUAAGAACAGUUCUGAUGAAGAAGGUCGCAUCCACCAUGAAGAUAAACUCACCACAGGACCUGAAACUGCUCCUGACGCUGCACCUUGUAACGGACGUCAGACACAUCAGUCUUAAGGCUGACGACCUCGUGCACCUUGACACAGACGAUUGCCAUGAAAUACUACAGCUGGUCAAAGAUGUGCCGCACUUCAGGAUGGAAACUCUCAGUCUGGAGAGCAUAACGAUGGAGGAAGGCCUCUUGUCCAGCAUAAUGGGUCGAUCUCCUCGUCUCCACUCCGUUCGUGCGUCGGGGGAACUUUGCAGUCAAGUCCUCACACACCUUCAGGAAAAGCCCCGUGACUUGUAUGCUCUGAAAUUAGACAACUGCACACUUUCAGACCAAGAAAUCGUGCGAGCUCUAGUAGGAGCUAGGACUGAUCUCGACGCCGUUUGCAACAUCAUCUGCAAUGGCGGAGACGUGAAGGAACUGCAACCUGCUUCACUACAGUCUCUCCGUUACCUGUCAGUUGAGUCUCCACAUCUUUCUGCUUGUGGUAUUUUGGUACUGUUGUUUUCUCUUCGCAAUCUCCGUCAGUUCCAGGACACUUCGUGGAGUUCUUCUAUCGGCGAGACUCUGCUCUUCCUCAAUCAGAUCAACCCAACCACUGGAUCUUUUUCGCUCACCUCGAUGACUCAGUGGAGGCCUACUGAGGAGACACUAAGAAAUUUACAGAGGAUUUGUCCAAGAUUGCAGCGACUCAUGAUUGAGUGCUUCGACCCAUCCCUCACGUCUCUCGAUGUUCUUUCGGAAUUUAAAGAACUAACAGUCUUGAACCUUCGACUUGUCUCCGAGGAACUUAUUGUGUCUGCCGUCAAGGCUCUUGGCAAGAACCUGUUGGAACUGCAAGUGGAGUUUGAAGAAAACACUUACCACAUUAUCUCAAUGGACACUAUCAAGGCCAUCCAGGAACACUGUCCACACCUUCAACGUCUGGAGAUGAAACACGUCAACAUAUCCUCUAAUCCUGGGGAUCAUCUGCACUCCAGGAACACCAUCGCCCUCCCGGAACUCAAGGAACUCGUCCUGUCCAGCGCGGUGAUCCAGCCAGCCUCCCUGGAAUGCAUCUUGCGUGGCAUGAUGUCACUAAAAUCCCUAGUCCUUGAGAUCAAUCAAGAUGCUAUCACUGAUUCUGUCCUUAACACACUCCUAAAGAACACUUCAGUAAAUGAGUUCCGCCAGCGUGGCUGCUAAACCAUUAAAAGAAUCGCUUGCU